AUGGCUCCCGCAACUGCUGAGAGCGCCUCGCCGAUUGGCAUUGCCAAUCUGCCCAACCAGCGGCACAAGAUUGUGGCCAAGAAGGGUGCCUCCUUCACCAUCAUGGUUGCUGGCGAGUCCGGGUUGGGCAAGACCACCUUCAUUAACACGCUUUUCUCCACUACCAUCAAGAACUAUGCCGACCACAAGAAGCGCCACCAGAAGCAGAUCGACAAAACUGUCGAGAUCGAGAUCACCAAGGCCGAGCUUGAGGAGAAGUUCUUCAAGGUUCGCCUGACUGUGAUUGACACUCCGGGCUUUGGCGACUACGUCAACAACCGUGACUCGUGGCAGCCCAUCGUUGAGUUCCUUGACGACCAGCAUGAGUCCUACAUGCUUCAGGAGCAGCAGCCGCACCGCCAGAACAAGAUUGACCUCCGUGUCCAUGCUUGCCUGUACUUCAUCCGCCCAACUGGCCACACCCUGAAGCCCCUAGAUAUCGAGGUCAUGAAGCGCCUCUGCACCCGUGUCAACCUCAUCCCGGUCAUUGCUAAGGCCGAUACCCUCAGCCCUACGGAGCUGGCCAAGUUCAAGCAGAGGAUCCGUGCCGUCAUCGAGGCCCAGAACAUCAAGAUCUAUCAGCCGCCGAUCGAGGAGGAUGACGAGGCCGCGGCCCAGCACGCCCGCAGCCUGAUUGCCGCCAUGCCUUUCGCUGUGAUCGGCUCUGAAAAGGAUGUCAAGACGAACGAUGGCCGCAUCGUCAAGGGUCGUCAGUACUCGUGGGGUGUUGCUGAGGUGGAGAACGAGGACCACUGCGAUUUCAAGAAGCUCCGGUCUAUCCUCAUCCGCACUCACAUGCUUGACCUCAUCCACACCACCGAGGAGCUGCACUACGAGGCCUACCGUGCCCAGCAGAUGGAGACGCGCAAGUUUGGCGAGGCCCGCCCCCGGAAGCUCGACAACCCCAAGUUCAAGGAGGAGGAAGAGGCGCUGCGCAAGCGGUUUACUGAGCAGGUCAAGAUCGAGGAACAGCGCUUCCGGCAAUGGGAGCAGAAGCUCAUUGCCGAGCGCGAUCGUCUCAACAAGGAUCUCGAGCAGACCCAUGCCGAGAUCAAGCGGCUCGAGGCCGAGCUCGAAGCUCUCCAAGGCACUGCCGUCCGCAGUCACGGCCGCCGUUAG